UCGGUGCCCAUUGCUGUGUGUUUUCCCCGACAUUUGGCCUUCGAUUCGAUAUGCUAUCACUGCCCAUACUGUCGACAGCGUGAUCAAGAUUCAAGCUUGGUGGCAACCUACCUCCAGUGUGAGAGGGCUCAAGAGAUGGUCAACUUUGAAACCCUGGAUGAAGUUUCGCGCAGCUUCGAGCUCCCAGCACAUAUCCACCCGUGGUUACGCGCAGUCGUAGCACUAGGCUUUAUCUCCUUCGCCGCUUCAGUAGCGCUCCUUUUCAUUCUUUCCUACAAGCUCGUUUCCUGGCACUUGAAAUCGAAACGCAGCAGUCAAUUCGUCAUCCUCAUCUUCAACCUCCUCUGGGCAGAUAUACAGCAAGCGCUAGCGUUUUUGCUGAACGUCGAAUGGCUACGCCUGGGUUCCGUGCAGGUCGAGAAUCCGAUAUGCUUUGCUCAAGGAUGGCUGGUCUCAACCGGUGACCUGGGCAGCGGAGUCUGGUGCUUUGCAAUUGGACUGCAUACUUUCGCAUCCGUCAUCAUCGACUUCCGGCUGGGGCCGAAAGCCUUCUACGCGACAAUCGCCGCCGCUUGGAUCUUCAUCAUUGGGGUCUCGUCAAUUGGCGUCGGGAUGCACGGGACGGACCUGUACGUGCGAUCCGGCGUCUGGUGCUGGAUUCACCAUGACCUAAAGGGCCUCCGAUUGUGGACCCACUACAUUUGGAUUUUCAUUUUCGAGUUCGGCAACGUCCUCAUCUACGCCAUCAUCUACACGAUCCUGCUCCACCGGAUCCGCACCGGCUACUACACCCCCGAGGAAUCGAAACGCGUGCGAUCGGUAGCGAACCUGAUGGUCGCCUACCCAGCCGUCUACGUAGUAUGCACGCUGCCCCUCGCCUCGGCCCGCAUGGCCGCCAUGACCGGCGAGCCGCCAUCGCUCGCGCGCCUCUGCCUGUCGGGUGCAAUGAUCACGUCGAACGGCUGGCUGGACGUGCUGUUGUACACGUGCACGCGGCGCAUCAUGAUCUUCAGCGACGAGCCGCCGUCCGACGCCAGCGGCUUCGACACCUUUGCGUUCUUCUGGCAGGACCAAAGUACGCGGUUCGGAGGCGAGACCACCAUCGAGGCCCUGCAUUCGAAGAGGAGCAGACGCAAUGCCAGCGGGAGCGCGAUAGCCUCCGGACGAGGGAGUUUGGACGACUUGUUUCCGGUGGGCAGCAAGGAUAUCAAGAUGGUUAUGACAACGCAGGUAGUCAGUGAACCUGCGAAUCACGAGGACGUGGAGGAGAUGGAGGCAGGUGCUCGACGAGCACGACCGAGGUCUCCGCUCAGCCAGUGGAGUGAGGAGACAAAAAGCUUGAAGAAUGUAUCUCCCAUUUGAGAGAAGCCUGCAUAUUGUAGCGCAUUAUAGAUACCCAGCCGUAAGGCAAUACCAUCAUGAAUUAGCUCAC